CUCGUCGCUCUGUCGACGUCUGCCCUGCCGGCAGAAACCGUCGACGACAUCAACCCAGCCGCUCGCGGCCUCGCCUUACCGCCUGCCUACUCACGCUCGCAGGUACAGCCGCUGCCAUGGAGGAGGCCGCGAGACGCGUCCGCUGCUGCAUCAUGUUCUUCCUGCUCGCCCUCGCGGGCGCCCACGCCGCAGCAAAGGGGCAAUUUCCCGAGUGGCGCUUUCAGGGACGUGAUGUGGUGGUGAAGAUCCCAAGAGAUUCGUUCCACGAGCCUCAAUCGGCCGCGUGCGAAGCCGCUGCCGCUGCUGCCGCCGCUAAGAACUCCUCUCCCGCACCGGUCCUCAUCAUCGACGCGCCAUCGUGGUUUUGCACGUCCGAUUCUGUCGGCAAUCAUUUGCCACUAUACUUCACUCUUCGAGCCUUGGCCUUGCUGCAUGGCAUCGGAUUCCAGAUGCAGCCGACGUGUGGCCCUAUCAUCCGGGACUCGCCCAAAUACAUCACCGGUUGGUUGCCUCAAAGUGCUUCUCCGAACUGGCCGCCCGAGGUCCCUCGUGACCCCGGCACGAUCAUGCGGGAAAUAGAAGGAACCUGCAAAUGUCGCACGAUCAUCACGCAUGCUUGCACUUACGGUUGGCCGUUAUUUGCCGCCGUUUGGGGUCGCGAGAUCCGAGCCGCAGCCGAGCGCUAUUCGGAUGCACGCAAGGGGGUGUUGGCAAGCAACGGCUCAAAGACGCAGAAGUACACGUAUGACCUCGAUGAUGCCGUCAUCCACUUUCGCUGUGGGGACAUUAUGGAAAUGGAUGCGUCACGGGGCCCGCUCAAUUCUGGGUUUGUGCCAUUGAGUGUGCUUCUUCGCUACCUGCGCCCACUUGCCCCGCGUUCGGUGGGCAUUGUCACAACACCGCUCGUUGAGAAGUGCAGCAGCAAACUCGAGACCCGAGCCAUGGACUGCAAGCACGGCAAGCAGUGCCACGACAUCCUUGAAGACACGACGGUGGGGGCGAUGUCGCGCAUCGCCCUCGCUCAACUCUCCAUCUGCCCACCUAGCACCUUUUGUGUAUGGCCGGCUCUUGGGGCAGUGGAGGGGGUGCUCACUGGCGUUGGGGGUGGGCACAGUAUUGCACUUGAGCCAGGCAAGCGGGCCGCCGCUGCACUUGGAGAAGGGCAUCUGCAUGCAUGGGAGCCGUGCCUUGCGAUGCGGGACCGCUCCGGCGGUGGAGAGCGGUGGCCGGUGGGGGCCGGAUACUCUUACAUGCUAUGUAAACUCUUCGUGUUUCUAGGUUCCAUUUCACUGUGGCACAGCUCGCGUUACAAAACCUUGAUUUUGACCAUUGCGCGAAAAAGAGGGACCGGAUCGGCAGCAGCGCGGGCGGCAGCGGCCGGAGAGGCCGGAGAGCCGUCCGACGGAGGCCGGUCGUGCAUCGGCGCGUCGGCCGCAGGGGCCGUGGGGGCGGCGGCAUCCAUCGCUGCGGGUCGCUGCGGGCCGACGAUUGUGGACUGA